GUCAUCACACCCAGCUUCGACACUGCUCUCUGCUCUGCUCUUGACACCACUCUCUCCACCACCAUGCACGCCACACUCCUCCGCAACGCCCGCACCCCCCUCAUCCAGUUCCUCGGCAAGCGCUCCUUGCCAUCCUCGACGCACAAGCCCGGCCCGCACCCCGCCGCGCCCAAGGAAAUUGUGGAAAACUUUGCCUCGUUCAGCGCCAAGUCGCAGUCUUCGUCGUCGUCGUCGUCGUCGUCGUCUUUCUCCGCGUCCUCGCACGCCAGCGCGUACGGCACCGGCUUCCUGCCCGCCAGCAAGAAGCCAUAUGACUUUGAGAACUUUUGGGAGGCGCCGAGCUACCUCUGGCAGCACACUGAAAUGACGGAGCGCGAAAUUGAGGCGGUCAUGAGCGGCGGCGCCACCGACAUCCGCACGGGGCCGUAGAUGUACUGUACAGCAGCCAAGUAUCCGAUGCAUUGUUGACACGCGUG